GGCUCGGGCGCGGGGAUGGAGGACGCCGUGGCCGGGCCCCGGCUCCGGGCGGCGGCCGAGGCGGCCGAGGCGCGGGCGCAGCCGGGGGUGACGCUGCGGCCCUUCGCGCAUUUCUCGGCGGCGGCGGAGGCCGACGAGGGCGGCGGCGACUGGAGCUUCAUCGACUGCGAGAUGGAGGAGGUGGACCUGCGAGACCUGCCCAGCGCCACCAUCGCCUGCCACCUGGACCCGCGCGUGUUCGUGGACGGCCUGUGCCGGGCCAAAUUUGAAUCCCUCUUCAGGACAUAUGACAAGGACAUCACCUUUCAGUAUUUUAAGAGCUUCAAACGAGUCAGAAUAAACUUCAGCAACCCCUUAUCUGCCGCGGAUGCCAGACUCCAGCUGCACAAGACUGAAUUUCUUGGAAAGGAAAUGAAAUUAUAUUUUGCCCAGACUUUACACAUAGGAAGUUCCCACCUGGCGCCCCCAAAUCCGGACAAGCAGUUUUUGAUCUCUCCCCCUGCCUCGCCGCCAGUUGGUUGGAAACAAGUAGAAGAUGCUACUCCUGUCAUAAACUACGAUCUGUUAUACGCUAUCUCCAAGCUAGGGCCAGGGGAAAAGUAUGAAUUGCACGCGGCGACCGACACCACCCCCAGCGUGGUGGUCCACGUGUGUGAGAGCGACCAGGAGAAUGAGGAGGAAGACGAGAUGGAAAGGAUGAAGAGACCCAAACCAAAAAUUAUCCAGACCAGAAGGCCGGAGUAUACACCCCUCCACUUAAGCUGAAGUGGAGCCCGGAUGCAGAAGUAUUCCGAAUCACGCUCACGGGGAGGAAUCUUUUUCUGUGGAAGUGGCCGCUCGCAACCGGGGAAGUGGCAGCCGUGAUCGCUGUGGCAGAAAUUCCAGUUCACGUUGCCCGGAGGAGAAUCAAGGCUUCGUCCUCUGGGUCUAACGCUGUGCAUCCGUCAAUGUUCAUGGCUUCCGGGCAAUGUCCUGGGCCAAUCACUGAAGUUUAAGGUGAUCGCACGAGGACAUUUGGGCACAUCUCGAGAAAACCGAUAACCGAUAGCGUUUUGUACUUGUUUUUUUCUGGCAGGUUCUGUUUUUUGUCACAGGCAGCUUGAUCCCUGGGUGUGGGGAGAGCCUUGUGUUUCCAGCUAGCCCGUGGGGCAGACUCUCUCUACGGGUAGGAAGAGGCACCAUGAAGCCACAAAGUGUCUGGUGCAGGAAGGCUGUGGAAACAACAAUGCAAUGUGGGAUUUGUAGCGUUUUCAUUUUUCUCCCCAUCACGUUCUAAUGUUUGUGCAUGUAUAUUACUGAUUUUCUGAACUAACCUCUGUUUGUGUAUAGAGUUACACCAUUGUUGUUUCACCCAUCAUUUGGGAAGAUAGGAAAGCAUUUGGAAACUCAAUCGCCUUUCCAGAUUCACGACUCUGCAACUGCAUUCCCAUGUGGGAUUCCACCUGGGAUCCGCACACUCAGCAUCCCAUCUGAUGCAACUUGGCCCUUGUGCUUUUGGCAAAAGAAGUCGAUCUGAAAUUCCUAUGUAGAGUUUCACUUCCUAAAGUUCAGAGAAUAGCGGUUUCACUGCCAGCAUUUCGUGGGUGAGAAAUUUUAGGUUAGGUGUUUUGGGUCAGACGUUGUUUCUAUUUAUUUCUUUUACAUGGUGGUUUGCACACAUGAAUCGUAGCCAAAAUACCUUUCUGGGGAACUGUUGGUUGAGAUAGUUGACUUUUUUUUUUUUUUUACCCCCGCUAAGACAUCAAGAUAAACUUGUAAAUAAAGCCGAUGGCAUUUAUCCAUUCCCAUUGUUCACUCGGGUGAAAAAUACGGCAAUGGAAGAUUAGUGUCAGAGUAUCACCCCCACUUGUGACUUGUAUGUUGUAGAAAACGCUGUUAAAUGUUGGACAGGACUUGAAUUCAAAGCAUGUGAAGUGGGUAGUAGAUGUGUGGUGGAAUGCUAGGGACACAGUGCCUUCCCCCAUUAAUUCCUGAUGGAAUCAUUACACUAGGUGAACGUCUGUGAUUUUUUUCUAGUUGUAAUGUGUGUGUCUGCUAAGUAGGUAUUCUAUUCUGGCCUUACGAUACCAUAACAAAAGUUGUCAUUUUGAAAUCCCUAACACCCAGUAACCGUGCAUGCUUUGGGAAUUUGGAAGAUGGUUUUCUUUAAGAAGCAAAAUGCAUUAGAUUGUUCAUGUCAAGAAAUUGACGGAAUGUUCUCAAAGCCCUGUUUACAGUACUUGGUGAGGUGUGGUGGGGUGGGGGGGGGGGGCAGGUGAGGGAGAGACCAUUGCAUAGCUGUUCAAGUGUUCCAGGCUAAGUGCUUUUAAACUGGAGAGGCUAACCUCAAAAUAUUUUUUUUAACUGCAGUCUAUAAUAAAUCAACACAAUAUGCUCUUUACGGAAAGGUU